AUGGAAUCUGCGUUUUUGGCAUUGUUUCUUCUAGGGGUUACUGGAUUUGUAACAUUUGUGGGAAAUUCAUUAUUCAUUCAAAAAAAAAAUUCGAAUAAGAACGGAGCAUUCAAUAAGUUCUACUUACCGAUUAUUGAAGAAUUGCUAAAAUUUGGUUUGGUUUUCUUCAUUGCUCAUCGUAGUGGUGGUUCAGUCCGCUCGUCAGAAAUCAAUAAAGAUGUUCGUGGAGAUGCAGACGAGCCACAUGAUAUUUCUCAUAUAAGUGUGAAACAAGUAGCCAUAAUAGUGUUGGUUUUCAAUCUCGUCAAAUUCUUUUUAUUUGUGUAUAGAUUCUCUCCCAUGAAUUAUGAAAAGGUUUAUAAAGAAUUCAUAAACUUUCAUAGAAUGUGGCGAGAACAUAUUACAAUUGACAAUACGUUACGUAACAAUAAGAAGUCUAGAGUGGAUGCUGCAAUGAUGUUAGCUGAAUCUUUGGGUGACGACAAACGGUCUAUUUAUUCAAGGAAAUCUAUUGCCACUUUAAUAAACCCAGCAGAAGCUAUUUCGAUGCCAUUAAGAGUUCCAUCGUUUGAUAGGGUAUCUUUAGGUAUCAAGAAAGCAUCAUCAAUCAAAUCUGAUAUGAUAUCGGUUGAUUUAGAAUCAUGCUACAAUCUAGUUGACAAACUUUACUCGAUAUCCCCAAAGAAUACUUACCAUCUAGAUACAGAUGAUGUUGUACAAGUAUCUAUUGAUGAUUUAGAAGAUGACGAAGACCCACCAACAUUGGAAAGCAAUCUCAGCGACAAGCCAUUACGUUCAGAUAUAGAACAGAAUUGUCUCCUGUAUGAUGUCGGAAAAGACGAAAACAAUUACAUACAAAAUUCUAAUUCGAGACUCGAAAAACAUUCAUACUUUAUUCCAAACAACGGUAACAAGCAAUAUGAUACUACUCCUAAUUGUAUGUCAGUCUUCAUUUCAUGUAUAAAUUCUUUCGCCUGGUUAUUACCGUUUCAACCUAUUCCUCAAGAGAGUGAAGAGUUAAACAAAGAUACCCGUCCCUUAACCAAGAACAGAAAUUUCGACCCAGCGAUUAAGAAUAAGUUAUCAUCUUACCAACUCAACGAAAACGCCACGGAUUCUGAAACUUUGCAUUCUUCAGAGGCUUUACUUUCGCAGUAUAGUCUGCCAAGAUUAACUUAUGGAGCACUAGAUCUAGAAUCCCAAACGUCAAUGGACACUUCGAUAUGCUCUGUUUGUUUGAAUGAAAGAAAUAAUAUUAAAGAAUUCCAAUUGUUCGUUGAAAAUUACUUCGACUAUACUUAUGACACUUUUCAAAUAUCGGUUGAUCCGAUAUUUGAAACUUUUGGAAUUACGAUUUUUGAAUUUAAUACCAAACUCUUUAUUGUUUUUUUCAGUUGCAAUUAUGUUUGGAAUUUAAGCACAUUUUUGAUAUAUGCAUACCCAUUUUUUAAUAAUUCAUUUUUGCAUUUUUAUUUCAUCAUUAUUACUAUCUUGAUAAUAAAGCUUUUCAAUCGGAACUUUCUUCACGACAAACACUUUAAGAAAAGUGUUAAAUUCUCAUUGAUUGUUGAACUUCUGAUUAAUGUGAGUAUAUUUGUUGGUACUACUCUAUUGUUUCGUUUGGGUAUCAAUAACACGUAA